AUGUCGUCAAAGGCCGCCUCCAAAGCGCCUCCGGAAGAAGAGGCGAGUAGAAUGAGACUCACAUGGGGGUACGGAGUGGGGGUGGUUCAAGGUAAAUUUACUGAACCAUGGAAUUUUGGCAAGCCAACACAAACUUGUGAGAGUUGUGGGGCUAUUUUAUGGUAUGAAGAGAGGAAUGUGAAGUCAAGAAGACCAUCACAACCAAAGUUUUCGUUGUGCUGUGUAGAAGGAGAAAUUUAUUUACCUUUGUUAAAACGUGCACCUCCAGUUCUUGAAGAAUUGCUAAAUUAUGUUGGCCCAUCAUUUGUGCAUUUCCAUGACAACUGUCGGCGAUAUAAUGCAAUGUUUGCAAUAACAUCAAUGGGUGGAAAAGUUGACAAAACUGUAAAUGAUGGAAAUGGUCCUUAUGUCUUCAGGCUAAAUGGACAGGAUCAUCAUCUGAUUGGCUCUUUCUUACCAGUUGAAGGAUCGGAACCAAAGUUUGCUCAACUUUACAUAUUUGAUACAGAGAAUGAAGUGCAACAUAGGAUAAGGUCGAUUUCAUCUGAUAAAGAAAAUGAUGGCAUUGAUCCCAAAAUUGUUAACUCUCUAAUACAUAUGCUUGAUGAAAAAACAAUGCUUUGGUUAAGGUUUUCAGAAUGGCCAGGGAUCGCUACACUGAAUGUAAUACUACAAAUGUGA